AUGUUCAACGAAAGAGAUAGAAGUUGUAUUUUGAACAUCCCUCUUAGUCUUUCAUCGUGUUCUGAUACAUGGUGCUGGAAAUUCGAGUCCAAAGGUCACUAUUCGGUUAAGAGUGCAUAUAGGUUCCUGGUUGAUGGCUUUCAACAUAGGGAAGGGAGCGAGAUAUGGAAAAGGUUCUGGAAAGCUAAAGUUCCCCCAAAAGUGCUCAAUUUCUGCUGGCGGGCUCUAGUUAAUGUUGUCCCUUGCCUCUCGUCAGUUCAGUCCAAGAGAGUCCCAGUUGAUCCUUCAUGCCCGUUGUGUCAUGUAGCCCCUGAGAAUGUCUUGCAUAUUCUGAUUCAGUGCCCUUUUGCCCGCAGCUGCUGGUUAAGCUCGCCGUUGGGUUGGCCUGCGCCUUCUGCAUCUUCUUUAAAUGAGUGGUUUUCUUUAGCCUUCUCUUAUGCUUCUGUGGAAAAUGCCUCCCUUAUGCUAAUGAUCUUAUGGGCUUUGUGGCAAAAUAGGAACAAUGUUGUAUGGAAGGGCCAGGGUCAGACUGCGAGUGGUGUGUUCUUCAUGGCUCUGAAUUUUUUGCAGCAAUGGAAAGCAGCCCGGGUCGUGUCCUCAGUAAGCACCAUUGUCAACCCGGCUCGCCCGAUCUGGUCUCCUCCGCCACACGGUUGGAUCAAGGCGAACAUUGACGCCUCUUUAAGCUUGCAACGAGGUUCGGUAGGUUUCGGUUGUGUAAUCCGGAAGGAUGAUGGGAGUUUUGUGGCUGCUAGAGCAGGCUCUUUUUAUAGCCAGAUGGAUGCAAAGUGUGCUGAAACUAUAGCAUUCCGGGAAGCAUUGAGCUGGAUUAAAGAGAGAGGGUAUCAGAGGUUCUUGCUUAUGUCAGAGAAUAUAGCAGUUAGUCAGAUUAGGAGGGGAACCAGUUUUAGUGCCCGCAGCCAGAGAAAAUUUUUCGAUGUUGUCCUAAACAAGCCGUUAGGUUUACCACCUGCUAAGAGAAUAGAAUGGGAUAUAGGAAUGGUGUCUAGACCUAGAACCAUUCCUAGUCUUCUCUGCAGGAUGGCACCAGUAGAGUGA